GAACCACAUGAACGCUCGAACGGCAUCCAGGUCGCGAUCUGCUGGCCUCUGAUCCCGCAAAUUUUCUUCUCUUAUAAUCCCAAUUGCCGCCCCGCGCCCGGUGAAAGCUUGAAGAGAGACGUGUCGCCUCCCCACAAACUCUAAACACCUACAGCUACCCCGCUGUACUUACCCCACACUCCACUCACGAUGGCAUUGAGCGCGAGAACCGCGUCGAGAGCUUUGAGGGCUGUCAAGCCGUCUACGCUGAGACCUUUUGCUGCGGUCCAGAGCUGCAGCUAUGCGACAUCCUCGGAGCCGGAUCUCAAGGAGACCUUCAAGAAGGUCCUGCCUGCGAAGAAAGAGCUCUUGAAGAAGGUCAAGGCCAAUGGCGACAAGGUCAUCGGCGAGGUCAAGGUUGAGAACACCUUGGGCGGCAUGAGAGGCCUCAAGGCCAUGAUCUGGGAAGGAUCGGUCCUAGACGCCAACGAAGGUAUCCGUUUCCACGGCAAGACGAUCAAGGACUGCCAAAAAGAGCUCCCCAAGGGCACCUCCGGCACUGAAAUGCUACCGGAAGCCAUGUUCUGGCUACUCCUCACCGGCGAGGUGCCCUCCGUGGGCCAAACCCGCGCUCUCUCCCGCGAGCUGGCUGAGAAGGGCCAACUUCCCAAGUUCGUUGAGCAGAUGCUCGACGACUUCCCCACGGACCUGCACCCAAUGACGCAGUUCGCAUGCGCUGUUUCCGCCCUGAACUACGAGUCCAAAUUUGCCAAAGCCUACGCUGAUGGCAUCAACAAGGCCGACUACUGGGAGCCCACCUUCGACGACUGCAUCAGCCUGCUCGCGAAGCUGCCCACCAUCGCGGCCAAGAUCUACCAGAACGCGUACCGCGGUGGAGGAGCUCUCCCCGCCCAGAUCGACCUCGAGCAGGAUUGGUCCUACAACUUCGCCGCCAUGCUGGGCAAGGCCGGCAAGGAGAACGAGGGCUUCCAGGACCUCCUCCGUCUAUACCUCGCGCUCCACGGUGACCACGAGGGCGGCAACGUCUCAGCCCACGCUACCCACUUGGUCGGCAGCGCGCUCAGCGACCCUUUCCUCAGCUACUCCGCCGGUCUGCAAGGUCUCGCCGGUCCCCUCCACGGCCUCGCCGCGCAGGAAGUUCUCCGCUUCAUCCUGCAAAUGCAAGAGGCCGUCGGCGAGAACUUCUCCGAGAAGGACGUCUCCGACUACCUCUGGAGCAUCCUCAAGUCCGGCCGCGUGAUCCCCGGCUACGGCCACGCCGUGCUGCGGAAACCGGAUCCUCGCUUCGAGGCGCUGAUGGACUUUGCGGAUGCCAGACCUGAUAUCGCGAAGAACCCGGUCUACCAGCUCGUCAGGAAGAACUCGGAGGUUGCGCCGGGCGUGUUGACUGAGCAUGGAAAGACCAAGAACCCCUUCCCCAACGUCGACUCCUCCUCCGGCGUGCUCUUCCACCACUACGGCUUCCACGAGACCCUCUACUACACGGCCACCUUCGGCGUGUCGCGUGGCCUGGGCCCGCUUGCUCAGCUUAUUUGGGAUCGUGCGCUGGGUCUACCUAUUGAGAGGCCUAAGAGUAUCAACCUGGCUGGUAUUUUGAAGCAGAUUGGCGCGUAAGGAGAGCACGAAAAGAGUGGAUGAACGAAAGAAGCUAGAAACGAGAUGUCUUGUAUAUAAUAGAUAGCUAGAGUGCCAGGGUCUCAAUUGAAUCAGUUUGAAAAGAAUGAUUAGG